AUGGGAAUUCGUAUCCUGGAGAUUGCAGCAGCAGCCUCACAACUUCAUGUGUUGUAUCCUGUAUUUCGGAUUUGUGCUGCUUUCAAAGUUCUAGUUCUUAACAAUUGGUAUCAGAGCACCCCACUGGGGCCUGGUUUGAAAAAGCAGCAGCUUUCAUCUUGCAGCAGCAAGACUGAACUUCAUUAUCAGGCUGCAAAAAGAGUGCUCCGCUAUUUGAAAGGUACUGUGGAUUAUGGGCUGUUUUAUAAGAAGGGAAAAAGCAAUGAGUUAGUGGGAUUUAGUGACAGUGAUUAUGCUGGGGAUUUGGAAGAUAGAAAGAGCACAUCUGGUCAUGUGUUCAUGUUAAGUUCAGGGGCUGUUUCAUGGUCUUCAAAGAAGCAGCAAGUUGUCACUUUGUCUACAACCGAAGCUGAGUUCAUAGCAGCUGCUUCUUGUGCUUGUCAGGCUGUAUGGUUAAGAAGAAUACUUGAGGAAUUACAUUUCAGAAGAAGCCUACACUGAUAUACUGUGAUAACAGUUCAACGAUCAAACUUUCCAAGAAUCCAGUGCUGCAUGGAAGAA